AUGCCAGUCUAUUACACACCUCCCCCGACCCCCCCACCUGCCAUCCCUUCUCCAUCACCUCCGCCAUCACCGCCCCUAGCCCUCCCGGACCCAGAUUCCUACCCACCCUACCCCUCCUCACACUCCUCGCGCUCCCGUUCCAAGUCAACCAAAUCCUCACUCUCCUCCUCUUCUUCUUCCAAGUCCAAACACAGCCACUCCUCCGACAACCACGAAGAAGGAGGCCACAAGAUCCCCUACGUCUUCCUAGGCUCCAUAGCCGCGGCCUCCUUCCUCGCACACAAAUACUGGCCUAAAGGUUACGUCUACGGCGACAAGGAAGACUGGGAGCUGUCCAAAUACGAGAGAAGGGCCAGGGAGAAAUUGCAGGCCGCAACGGCCGCCAAGAGGGGCAAGGUGAACGAGAGGGAAGUUAAGAGUUACAGUCCCCGACCACCGGCGCACGACGGCAGGGAGGCGAGAAGGGGUGGGUAUGGCUAUAAAGGGCCACCUCCGGUAUCCCACAGGAGGGAAGUGUAUGAAGAACAAGAGGAGGGGGAGGUGUACAGCAACCCCGGAAGUAGAAGAGGAAGCCUGAGAGGUGCCGCCCCCCGGGGAAGAAUCGAUCCGAGGGGUUACUACAACGACGACGACAGAGAGUAUACCAGAGGUCUCUCCGAAUACGCCGUCGCUCCCUCGGUCCUGCGGAGUAAGAGCCAAAGUGGGAGAGACCAAUUCUACUCUGACGUUGCGCCCUCUCGGGACCGAUCCCUUCCUCCCCGUCGCGCCUCCUCUGUUGCGAACGAGGAAUAUUACAUGACACCGGCCAUCGGUCCAGCGGCCAGCCGAAAUAAAGAUAGUCACGACCCCCCGCCACCUCCGCGAAGUUAUGUUUCUGGGAGGGAGUUGAGCAGGCCGAGAUACCUGAUUGAAGAGCCCCGAGCUGGACCGCCCUUGCUUGCCAGGCCAGAAAGCAUGAGGGGUAGGGAGUUGCAGAGGAGGCCAUACUAUGAUGAAGAGGUUGUAGCCCCGAGGGCUCCGAGAGAAGCGGUUGUGUAUGUGUACCGGGAUGCGCCAUCAGCAGGAAGCAGAAGGGCGUCUGUUGACCUGGAGGCUGGGAGGAACAGGGCAUUUGACUGGGAUUAUCGGUGA